CUUUAUAAAAGUAUUUAAAAAAUUUUUUUUUAAUUUUUUUAUACUUUUCCCCACCAUUUACUUUUUUUUUCAAAAUUUUUAUUUUUCUUUAUGAGUAAAAUAAAGCUUAUUUUAUUGCAAAUUCAACGGAUAGAUAAAGUUCUGUUCCGACAUUUUCCCAAAAUAAUUAAUAACGUCUCUACAGGCUGGUAUGCGCACUCGUCCGUGCGCUACGGAAGUAUCUCUCUCCGAUUUUGACAAGCCUUUAAUGCGUUGUAGUACAGAUUAAGGGUCCAUUCUCGUUUGUUGGGUCAAAAAAAUCGAAAUUUUUUUUUUUGCAUUUUUCGAUAGCUAUAAGUGUCUAGAAUAUCAUACUAAAAGGGCAAAUCGAAAUACGUAAUGGUUUAAAAGUUAUGAGCCUCCGAGCUGUGCCUGUAAUACGAGAGAAAGAGAACGUUCGAGUCAGAAGAGGAUAGGUCGAGAAGAAGAGAGACCGCUCGAGAGAGAAAAAGACAGAAGAAGUCCCCACUCGGCGCCUCGGCUGCUCGACGCAGGCCGAUAAGUGGGGAGAAAGUGCUAACGGGUGCUAGCGAGUGCUGUUCUUUCUGGCAGCGGUGUGCUGCAAAUCGGCGCAUCAGCGGCAACUCUGGACUCCGAGCCAACCGACUCAAAGCAGGUAGAGAGCGUCGAACGGGUCGAGCGGCGCAGGUACAUAGCCGACUGAUCUUUCUAUCGGUAUAUGAUUUUCCUCGAAGUUUUCUAUUUUUGAUGUUAGAUGGAGUCUAUUUACAUUGAAUUAUAGACAGUUUCACUGAUGAAAUCAGUUUCAUAACCUACGAAAAACACGUGUUCGUUUCUGUGUCUCCCGCGCUUUUCGCCUUGCACUGCAUCAAAUUGAAGUGUUUUUUACAAUGUAUCAAGAUAAAAAGUGCGGUAAAAAUAGCUCAACACGUCCCGGUAAAAAACGAGCGAAGAGAAAAUUUAGUGCAAAUCAAUACACGAAUGAGAAUGACACAGAAUUCACUAGCACGUCGGCGAAGAAAUUAGCCGGUUCCAAUGAUUUCGAAACGACCGUUUUUCCGAGUAACGUAUAUGCGAUAUUGAAUUUCACGCUAGUUUUUUCCACUCUUUCCAACAUUUUGAAAUGUAAAAAAUGUAAUGGAGACGUGAAAUUUGGAAAAAAAGAUGAACGAGGCUUAGGAUUUAAACUUUCUGUUUUAUGCAAGUGUGACGAGCAGUUUAUUUAUUCAUGUGAAAAAGUUAACAAUAAAUCUUAUGAAAUAAAUCGGCGAUUUGUAUUUGUUAUGCGACUUUUGGGCAUUGGAUUGAGUGGUAUUAAUACAUUUCUCGGAUUGAUGGAUUUUGGACAAAAAAUGAGCAUAAGGAUGUACUACGCUGCCGUUGAAAAUAUAUUCACUGCUGUAAGCUCUGUGUUCAACGAAGUCAUCAGAAAAGCAGGUUGUGAGGAAAAAGAAAAAAAUGCUGCCAAUGGAAAUAAUGAGAAUGAAUUAACAGUGUCAGGAGAUGGAACAUGGAGCAAGCGAGGAUUUUCUUCUAUGUUUGGUGUAGUUACAUUGAUUGGGCAUUAUUCAAGUAAAGUACUAGAUGUUUUGGUAAAAUCUACUUUUUGUAAAAUGUGCAUCACACAAAAAAAAAGCAUGACAGAAACCGAGUUUGACACAUGGUUCAGCGAGCACGAGAAAAUGUGUCAAGCCAACCACAAGGGAAGUGCCGGAGAUAUGGAGGUGCAUGGAAUGCUGGACAUGUUUGAAAGAGCUCAACGUCUACACGCCGCGGAAUAUAAAAAUUACAUUGGAGACGGAGACACGAAAACGUUUAAAGCUUUAUUACAAGAACAUCAGGGAAUCCAAAAAAAGGAGUGCAUCAAUCAUGUGCAGAAAAGAAUGGGCUCAAGAUUACGGAACGUGAAAAAAAAGAACAAAAAAAUCGGUGGACAUGGUCCUGGAAAGCUCACAGACAAGUUAAUUAACGAAUUAACUAUUUAUUAUGGCUUUGCAAUUAGAAGGAAUCCGCAUGAUGUCGAGAAAAUGAGGAACGACGUGUGGGCAACAUUUUAUCACAAAAUGUCGACGAACGAAACGCCUCAGCACGAGCGUUGCCCAAGCGGACCAAAUUCAUGGUGUAAGUGGCGGCAAGCGGAAGCGGCUGGAACUUUGCAGUCCUACAAUCAUCCUCCUCCUCUCGAUUCGAAAGUGCAGGAAUUAAUUCAACCGAUUUACGAAGAUUUGUCAUCGCAAGAUUUGUUGAACCGUUGUUGCGGGGGAUUCACUCAGAACAACAACGAGUGCUUCAACAAAACUAUUUGGCAGUUCGCCCCAAAACACGUUUUUUGCGCCUCCAACAUCAUAACGAUUGCAGCAUAUCUUGCCACCUGCAUUUUUAAUGAAGGUUUUCAACCUAUUUUAAAAAUUAUGAGCAUCAUGGGAAUCACCAUCGGCCCAAAUGCCCACAAUUUUGCUUGCACUCGCGACCAACAGCGUAUUACAGACGCGGAGCGGCGAUCGACAUAUCAGUCAGUGGAAGAAAGAACUGCCCGAAAAAACGAAAGAUUGCAAGAUCAAAUCAAUUUUGAGGAAGCCGAGGGUCUGCUAUAUGGUCCUGGAAUAGCUGAUUAGCUACGAUUUUUACGGCCUGUGGAAGAGUCGCCAGCGCGGUUCGUGUUUUGUGCACUGGCUCACGUUGUGUCGCGUUCUGCUCCAGGAUAUGCAUUAUAUAAUCUGUAGAUUUUUUAUAAACUUCUUCAAAGUACCAUAAUUAUACCUGAAAAAGUUUCGAGAA